GAUACUCCAAGCAAGACAUAGUUGAAUGGAUGGAAUCUGGGGAAGUAAAACCAGCGGAUUCAGAACCUGACCGGUCAGCCGCAACGCCUUUAGAUGACCAGAAAGGGGGAACAGAACCUGUUCAUCGUAUCUCGUCAAUGAGCGGUCAUCAUGAUGAAGUCCCAGUUCAAGGCUUUGAUAUUCAGAUGAAUGUCACUGAUGAUAUCGGCAUUAUUCGGCUUGAGGAAUAUGGUAUUGAAGUUCACGUUCCAUCGGGUGAAGCUUACAGCGCAAAAGACAUUGCUGUGGAUGUUAUCGAUGAGGUUCCACCUGAUUUGCUCACAGUACUGAAGGAAACUGGAGCUAUCAUAACCGUUGGUUUGAAGAUGUCGCCUUCUGAUGCAUCAUUUGAGAGACCAGUUAAAGUGACAAUGCCACACUGUGGUGUGUUCCAAAAAACAGAAUCUGCCCAAAUCGUCACCUAUUAUCGCAAGAAUGUUUCAGACAGUUUUACGGCAAUCCCUUCAACCAAAAGAAGCCUGCAAUGCAUUGUUAGACAACGAGACCUAGAUAUCUACCUAAACCAUUUUUCGGAAUUCUGGAUUGUAGCCCUCUUCACAUGGGUAUUCAUUGGAAAACGAGUUAUUUGCACUCCUUAUAUUCCGGUGUCAACUCCAAAGAAUGCAAAGCAUGUCUUGCGUCUGCAUGUACGAGACGAAAACUUCCCAGAAAGAAAGAUUGAGGAGGGAUACAAGGCGGCUACCACGGGGUACUAUUUCUUCGUAAGAUGGCGCUCUGGAGGAUUACACAUUACUUGCUCAGAAAGCACCAUGAAUGGCCAGGCUAAGACCAUAGAUGAAAGUAAGAUUACCCAUCUACCUGAGAACAAAGUGUCGUUCAUUGUUGAUACUCGAAACUCUGAAGGUGCUGACAUGAUAUUACAGUUCAUCAUAGAACAGUGCACAAUAGAGGAGAUCUUAGUGAAAAUGUGCCUGCAAGCAAGAAACUGA